CAAUGGACUAUUAUUCAGCCUUAAAAAGGAAGGGAAUUCUGUUACAUGCUACAAUAUGGACGAACUUCAAAGACAUGUUGUCAAGUGAAAUAAACCUGUCAAAAAAUGACAAAUACUAUACAAUUCCUCAUAUAUGAAGUUCCUAGAUUAGUCAAACUCAUAGAGCAAAAGGUAGAAUGGUAGCUGCCAGGGACUGGGUGAAAGGCAAUGGGGAGUUACUAUUUAAUAAGUACAGAGUUUCAGUUGGGGAGGAUGAAAAAGUUCUGGAGGUGGAUGGUGAUAAUGAUCACACCAGAAUGUAAUUUGAAUGUACUUAAUGUCACAGAAUUGUAUGCUUGACAAUGGUCAAAAUGAUAAAGAUAAAACAGGAGUAAGAAGACAUCCACUGCAUUGUAUUUUACACCCUUGGAAAAUGAAUAUCAGAAAAAGAACUUGACAACCUCAAACAAUUUUGAGUGACUGAUUCCAAAAACCCCUUCCAGCUCUAGCUUUAUCAAAUAGAUCUGCUUUCCAUUUCUGUAAUGUUCCAUGCUGUCUCUCACCUUGAAGCAUUUAUUCUGAGGUUCUAGAACAAUUCUUCAGCCUUUUUCUUGAUUCAAUCCUACUUUUUAGGAUUCAGCUUCAAUCAUGCCCUCAAAAAGACUUUUCUGACCCCAAAUCUAGACUGGAUACCCUUCCUAGGUAUUCCUCCAUCACCCAGUGUUUCCUACCUCAUAUCAUGGCAGUUACACUCUCUUUAUCACUCUCAUUACUCUGUUACACUCUCUUUACUUUCUUAUGUCCUCCUCCAACCUUCAUGCUUGAGACCAGGGCCUGUGUUUAUCAUGUUCACCAUUUCUAUCUCCAGCUCCAGUCAUGCAAAGUGGGAGGCACAUGUACCCAACUAAGUGUCUGAUGAUUCAAUAAUUUAAAGGCAGAUUUUGAAGGUAAAUGCUAAGCCAUCAACCACAAAAGUUCAAAAUAUAUAACCUUAGAAGAAAAUGUAGCUAACGUUUCUUAAUUGAUCUUACUGCUUCUGAUUAUACAAUAAGAGAUGGAAGAUGUUUGUAGCAAGAGCAGUGGUGGCAUUGAUUAAUGCCUUGAGCAGUCAAUAAUACUUUCCUAGCAACUAUUCUGAAGGUCAUAUUCAUUUAUACCAGUCUUAUUAAUCCUGAUAAAAAAGAUUCCUGUUUUGAAAGAUCUAAUUCUAGGGUAUCUUAGAGCUGUAAGAUUCUUUAAAUCACCUUGAAAGUCAACAAAGGCAAACAAACAAGAAGUAACUUAGGUUUUCCUGAGCAGGUGCAGAAAUUAUUUAGGCCUCUGAGCGUCGCUGUUGACCACCUAAGGAGUAAAAAGCAGCAAAGCCAUCCAAUCCAGCAACACGUCUCCCACAGCACAAGAGGCUGGAGGUUUGGCCCUAAAGCUUCAGGGCACCAAAGAAAUUCAGUCGAACAGCCCACCAUUUGUCUCCAUAGGGACCUGGGUCCUGUAAAUGCUGGUCAUCUCACAGCCUGAGGAAUAAAGAUUGGAAUCCGCACUGAAUGCUGGAAGUUGACUCGGAGAAAACUGCGACAGGAAGGAAAUGGCAGCUCUGCAAAAGUUGCCACACUGCAGAAAGCUGGUCCUGCUGUGCUUCCUUUUGGCGACCCUGUGGGAGGCCAGGGCUGGGCAGAUUCGCUAUUCUGUGCCGGAAGAGAUCGACAGAGGCUCCUUCGUAGGCAACAUCGCCAAGGACUUGGGUUUGGAGCCCCUGGCACUGGCAGAGCGGGGAGUCCGCAUCGUCUCCAGAGGUAGGACCCAGCUCUUUGCUCUGAACCCGCGAAGCGGCAGCUUGGUCACUGCGAGCAGGAUAGACCGGGAGGAGCUCUGCGCUCAGAGCGCACCGUGUCUGUUGAAUUUUAACAUCCUGCUGGAGGACAAAUUGACUAUUUAUUCAGUAGAGGUGGAAAUAACAGAUAUUAACGAUAAUGCCCCUCGCUUUGGAGUAGAGGAACUGGAGCUAAAAAUCAGUGAAACCACUACGCCAGGAUUCCGGAUUCCUCUUAAGAAUGCGCAUGAUGCGGACGUAGGUGAGAACGCCCUUCAGAAGUACGCACUCAACCUAAAUGAUCACUUCUCCCUGGACGUGCGAAGCGGAGUUGAUGGGAACAAGUACCCAGAACUGGUGCUGGAGCGCGCUCUGGACCGCGAGGAAGAGGCUGUUCACCACCUCGUUCUCGUGGCUUCUGAUGGGGGUGACCCAGUGCUAUCUGGCACCUCCCGCAUCUGCGUGAAGGUCCUGGAUGUGAACGACAACGCGCCUGUUUUUACACAGCCCGAGUACCGCAUAAGCGUUCCCGAGAAUACGCCCGUGGACACCAGGAUACUCACGGUGACCGCCACUGACGCAGAUGAGGGCUACAACGCUCAAGUGGCAUAUUUUCUAGAGAAAAGCCCUGGAGAAACCUCAGAGGUAUUUGAGCUUAAGUCAACAUCUGGAGAUCUGACAAUCAUAAAAGAUCUAGAUUAUGAGGAUGCUACAUUCCAUGAAAUUGAUAUUGAAGCUCAGGAUGGUCCGGGCCUUCUAACCAGAACGAAGGUUAUCAUUACGGUUCUGGACGUGAAUGACAAUGCCCCAGAAUUUUACAUGACAUCUGCUACUAGCUCAGUUUCUGAAGACUCUCCUCCAGGAACCGUAAUUGGGCUUUUUAAUGUACAUGAUAGAGACUCUGGGCAGAAUGCAUUCAUCACCUGUUCACUCCCUGAGAAUCUUCCCUUUAAGUUAGAAAAGUCAGUGGACGAUUACUACCGACUGGUUACAACCAGAGCCCUUGACAGGGAACAGUUUUCCUUUUACAACAUCACUCUAACCGCUAAAGAUGGAGGGAACCCCUCCCUGUCCACGGAUGCUCACGUUUUGCUCCAGGUGGCAGACAUCAACGACAACGCGCCCGCCUUCUCCCGCACAUCCUACUCCGCCUACAUUCCUGAAAACAACCCCAGAGGAGCCUCUGUCUUCUCAGUGACGGCCCAUGACCCCGACAGCAACGACAAUGCUCAUGUAACUUACUCUUUCGCGGAGGACACUGUUCAGGGGGCACCCUUAUCCUCUUACAUCUCUAUCAACUCUGACACUGGAGUCCUCUAUGCACUGCGCUCCUUUGAUUACGAGCAGUUCAGAGACUUGCAACUGUGGGUGAUGGCGCGGGACAGCGGGAACCCUCCACUCAGUAGCAAUGUAUCAGUAAGCCUGUUCGUGCUGGACCAGAACGACAAUGCGCCCGAGAUCCUGUACCCCGCCCUCCCCACAGAUGGUUCCACCGGCGUGGAGCUGGCGCCCCGCUCCGCAGAGCCCGGCUACCUGGUGACCAAGGUG